CGAAAAUGGGACGACGCCGGGCCGUGGUCGCAGGCAUGCUGCUUGCCGCGGCGCUGAUGGCACAUGCAGAGGGCACGUCUGGCUCUAUCGACACUGCGUCUGGAGAUUCCCUGAACGAUGUCGACCAGUGGUCUGAUAUCGAUGGCGAAAGCGACACCCGUUCGCCGUUCGAAGACCUACCCACCUCAUUGAACGCUGAAUCGGAAACGAUCCCGCACGUCCAGGCACGUGCUGAGGCGAUGGCGUCAAGUGGAGUGAUUGAUCAUGUGGACAUUGACGACACCACGGUAUCGGCUGGCAUCGAGCAUACGUGUGCGAUUCACUCCGUGUCCACGGUGGACUUUGGCGGGAAAGUCGUAUGUUGGGGCGACAACACUCUUGGCCAGUCCUCCCCGCCAGACGUCGAGUUUAUCCAAGUAAGCAGCGGGAGAUUCCACACCUGUGGAGUCACACUCGACGAGACGAUUGAGUGUUGGGGGGAUCCUAAUCACGCGCAAAGCCCUGCAGGGCUCUUUGUUCAAGUCAGCUGUGGGGAUUUUCAUUCGUGUGGCGUGCUCAAAGAUGGAACUCUCUCUUGUUGGGGCGCCGACUACGACGGACAGCUCAACGUGCCGCAAGGUCGGUUCGUCCAAGUCAGUUGCGGCAAGGGCCACUCCUGUGCGCUCGCCACGGACGGCACCGUAUCGUGCUGGGGUGCGAAUCGUCAAGGCCAAAGCUCUGCACCCCAAGACGUCAAGUUCCUCCAGGUGUCAGCCGCUCCUGGCGACUUCUCGUGCGGUGUCACUGAGGCCAACACUGUGCGGUGCUGGGGAGAUAACCAUCGCAAGCAGUGCAAUCCGCCAAGUGACGUCAAGUUCGCCCUCGUCAGCACGAGUCGGCUGUCUGCGUGCGGCAUCCAGGCUGGAGACAAGACGGUGCUGUGCUGGGGCAUGACGGAAGGCGUCACCAACAUCCCCAAGCUCGUUGCAUUUGACGAGCUGACGCUGGGAUGGGAUCACGGGUGUGGCAUUUUAUCUCGAACAGGCCGCGUGCAAUGCUGGGGUCAUAGCGCAAACGGUCGCCUCGACGUUCCAGCCAAGUUGUAUGCAUAAAUAAUAAGACGUAGUGCUAUCUCA